CGGAGGCACAGCCGCGAAGGAGGAGCGGGGCCGGGCGGCGCUGGAGCCGCAUCGCCGCGGGCCGCCCCGCGCCGCCGCCCAGGAUGUGGUGGGACGAGCGGGUGUCGGCGAGGUUCCGCAGGAACCUGCAGCCCACCCUCACCUACUGGAGCGUCUUCUUCAGCUUCGGCCUCUGCAUCGCCUUCCUGGGGCCCACGCUGCUGGACCUGCGCUGCCAGACGCAGAGCUCGCUCUCGCAGAUCACCUGGGUCUUCUUCUCGCAGCAGUUCUGCCUCCUGCUCGGCAGCUGCCUCGGAGGGGUCUUCAAGAGGACGUUGGCUCAGUCGCUGUUUGCGCUCUUCGCCUCGUCCCUCGCCAUCUCCCUGGUCUUUGCCAUCAUCCCCCUGUGCCACAAUGUGGUGGUCCUGGCCGUGGUCAUGGCUGUGGCGGGACUGGCCAUGGGCUGCAUCGACACCAUCUCCAACAUGCAGCUGGUGAAGAUCUACCAGAAGGACUCAGCCAUCUUCCUGCAGGCCCUUCAUUUCUUCGUGGGCUUUGGAGCGCUGCUGAGCCCGCUGAUCGCUGACCCCUUCCUCUCCGACACCAACUGCAUCCUCUCGAACGCCACGGCCAAUGCCUCCAGCAACCUCCCUCACAUCCGCAAGUCGCUGGUGCCGCACCACCCAGGCAACCUGUCCCACUACGACCUGCCGAUGAAAGGCAUGGUGGUCACCCGCGUCUCCUACGCCUUCUGGAUCAUGGCCCUCAUCAAUCUGCCAGUCCCCAUCGCGGUGUUCUUCUUGCUCUACAAAGAGCGGAUGGUGCCAUGCUUCAACAGCAGCAGCCGUCCACUGCUGUCUGCAGACGAGCUGGCGAUGGAAACACGACCUACAGUGAAGGAUGAUCUUGCUACCUCCGUGCAGAGACCCCACGCAGCAGGAGGUCAUGAUGACUUAUUUAGCUGCUGCCAAAGCAAAAACUUCAGAGGGGCUUCUUACACCUACUUCGCAGUCCACAUCACUGGGGCUCUUGUUCUCUUCAUGACUGAUGGGAUUGUGGGAGAGUACUCGGGCUUCAUUUACAGCUAUGCAGUGGAAGAGCCUCUCUCUGUAGUCCAUAAAGUGGCUGGCUACUUGCCCAGCCUCUUCUGGGGAUUCAUCACACUGGGCAGACUCAUUUCUAUUCCCGUGUCCUACCGAAUGAAGCCAGCGACUAUGGUCUUCAUCAAUGUGGUUGGAGUCCUGAUAACCUUCCUCCUGCUCCUGAUUUUCUCCUACAGUGUUGUCUUCUUGUUUGUGGGGACAGCAUCUCUGGGUCUGUUUCUCAGCAGCACUUUCCCCAGCAUGCUUGCCUACACUGAGGACAUCCUGCAGUACAAAGGCUGUGCCACGACUGUGUUAGUGACUGGAGCUGGAAUUGGAGAGAUGGUACUGCAGUUACUGGUGGGAUCGAUUAUACAUGAUCAGGGCAGCUACAGUUUCCUGGUCUGUGGAAUGAUCUUUGGAGGCUUGGCCUUUACCUUCUACGCUUUCCUCUUGUUUUUCCACAGGAUGUACCCCAAGCCCCCGUCAGAUAUGGAUGCUGCCUCACCUGACAAACCAGCAGUAAUGGAUGACACUGGACAGUAUCAGCGCUAAAGAAGUGGCCGUGCCCUAGACAAGCAAUAAAACAGCACACAAUUAAGCAGUACUAUUAAGGAUGAUUUCGCAUUUAAUGACUAAAUCAUGCAAGUUUUCUGCAAUCAAAAGCACAUUAGUUUGGGUAAGUCAGAAUCAAGAAAACAUCCUAAAACACCAUGGGAAGCUAAGCACAAGUUGCCCGUACCACAUGUACCAAAAAGAUGAUAAAACAUCAGACUUACCCUGUAUCUGAAAAGCUACAGCAGUAGGGCAGGGAUGAUGGAGAACAGUUAGUCCUGCAAAUGAGCUUUCAUUACCGAUUCAGGAUGAAGGGUGGAGGUGAACAAUUUGUUCCAUAUGUAAGACUUUGAAAUUCUCCUGGCUUAAGUCAUUGAACUUAACAGGCUUUUCUUUUGGCCUGUGAAGUACAGGAACCCUUACAAUUUACAGCACAAUACUGGUUUUGAACUAUUUUUUGGUGCAACACAGGAGUGGAGUGUAUGUGAUCUCCAUGAAUACUUCCAAAUGGGAAAAAUUAUGCUAUUGGUAGAACCCACCAAGUGCACAGUGGUAGCAGGCUCUAUCUAUAUUUGCACAGUUGAUUCUUGUAUAUUACACGGUAUCAGAUGUUCACUAAGACAGUGUCUUAUUCAGCAUGCUAGGGCCUCUUGAUUAUUAAAAUCAUUAGCUUUUUUUUUUGAGUCAAGAAUGAGUUGUGAUGUUUUGUUUUGCUUUAAGUCAUUAUAUUAGCUGCUACAGUUGCAGUGUCUUUUAGGGCAGUUUUACUUCUAGCUUCCAGUUGAAGCUUAAACAGAGGUAUUUUGGAGCCAGCCUCCAGCUGCUUAAUCUGUGCAAUACUUAUUAUAACAGGACAGGUGCCUUCUGUAAGGUACUCUUAUAACCCACGCAUGGCCUAUUACAAGCUACGAAGAAAGGACUGGCUUUAGAAGAAUGUAAAGCUACAUGCAUCUAUUUCUUCAGUGAGUGAUUGGACAUGUACUUUUUGCUUUAACUGCUGUAUGUGGAUGUACAUAUGUACGUGUGUAUAUAACGCAGUGUUUAAUUAAAGGUGAUUGAUUGCUAGAUUCUCAGCACGACUGGACUCAGGUAACUUAAGCCCUUUGUGGCCAAGACUAUCAGCUACUAUAUUCAACAGUUCUGACUCUCACAUUUAGGUUGAAUCUAACGGCUGGUAAAUAGAAUUUCUGUUUUCCCAAGCAGUAUAUCUUACCUUCCAUAAAAUAUCUUCACGCAGGGCUUCUGUAGAAAUCCUCUCAGGAAUGGUUGUCUUGUUGAGCUGAUCCUGUAUACAUAAACCUAAAUGCACUCUAGGUCAAAGCAGGAAGGAGGAUAAACACAGUUGAAUUUGGGGCUUAACUCAUCCCUACACUUCAGGAGCCCUCCUGCCUCACAUCCAGUGCAGUGUGUGCUGUAAUUCUGCUCUAGAGCCACAGGAUGCCACUGUAACGCUCCCGGAGACAGCUGGGAUGAAAAGUAAGUGGUAUACCGCAAAGCCCAAUCGCAGCAAAAAUAAAUAAAUAAAUCUGUUAUUAAUAGAGACCCUCCUACUAUGACAGCAUUCUCUCCAUCUCUGUACAGAGGAAGUGAGCAUGAAACAAUAAACUGAGGGAGUUUAUUUAGAAAGACAUCUAUGCAGAUUACAUUUAUAUCAUAACAGGCGCUGUCAGCCAUUUAAAAAAAACGAAACACGUCUUAUGAUGUCCUUGCAGAUGGACAAUACCUAGCGAAAUGCUAUUUCCAGAACAGUGCUUCUUUUGAUAGAAGUGUACGUGACAAUUCAGAUUUCCACUUUGCCAUUAGCAUUAAAUAUGGAAAGGAGCCACUCACUGGGGGGAAUGGUACCUGCUCUGGCACAAAGACUGCGUGGCACCACAAAGCCAGCAGCAGCAGCUCCGUCUCUGUCUCCAUUCAAGCAAGAUGGGAGGAAGCCUGUGCUUCUGUCAACAAG